GCCGCGCCGCGCCCGGCCCCGCUCCGCUUCGCUCCGCCGCGGCCCCGCUCCGGCUCCCGCGGCCCCGGCGCGGCGGUGCUGCCGCGCUCCCCCGGCGCGUCCCGCCUCGCCGCGGCUCCGGGCGCCUCCCGCCUCCCAGCAUGAAUGUGAGGAGGGUGGAGAGCAUCUCGGCGCAGCUGGAGGAGGCCAGCUCCACAGGCGGUUUCCUCUACGCUCAGAACAGUACCAAACGCAGCAUUAAAGAGCGACUUAUGAAGCUCUUGCCCUGCUCGGCUGCCAAAACGACAUCUCCUGUUACUCAAAACACUGUAGAAGAUGAAAUGGAAAUGGCCACAGUACGACAUAGACCUGAAGCUCUUGAACUGCUGGAAGCACAGAGUAAAUUCACAAAGAAGGAACUUCAGAUCUUAUAUAGAGGUUUCAAGAACGAAUGCCCCAGUGGUGUUGUCAAUGAAGAAACCUUUAAAGAGAUUUACUCUCAGUUCUUUCCACAGGGAGAUUCCACAACUUAUGCACAUUUUCUGUUUAAUGCAUUUGACACUGAUCACAAUGGAUCUGUAAGUUUUGAGGAUUUUGUUAUGGGUCUCUCAAUUUUACUCCGAGGGACAGUACAGGAGAAACUGAACUGGGCUUUCAAUUUGUAUGAUAUAAAUAAGGAUGGAUAUAUAACUAAAGAGGAAAUGCUUGAUAUCAUGAAAGCAAUAUAUGAUAUGAUGGGGAAAUGCACCUACCCUGUUCUCAAGGAGGAUGCGCCUAGACAACACGUGGAAACAUUUUUCCAGAAAAUGGACAAAAACAAAGAUGGAGUAGUUACCAUAGAUGAAUUCAUCGAGAGCUGCCAGAAAGAUGAGAAUAUAAUGCGAUCCAUGCAGCUCUUUGAAAAUGUGAUUUAAUGAAGACAUUAGGUCUACAACUAAUGGACAAAUAUGAGCUAUUCUGCAACAUUAUCUAAAAGAUGGAUUUCCCACUUUAUCAUAAAUAAAAU